AUGGCUCCAAGGGCUCCCACAUCACCUUCGCCAGGCGGCAGCUACAUGAUCGAUUGCGAAGUGGUCGAAAGGGGAUGUCUGGAACAGGCAGAAGAUCUGGGUCUCGACAUGCGCCGAACCACAGAGCCGGGUGUAUUCGAAGCCGAUUUCGAUUUCGAUUUCGGGAUCCUUGAGGGUAUGGUGAUUAUGCGUACCGAGGAGAAUAUUUUGAAGCUGCAUUGCUCUCGGUUAGAUCGGAAUGCUGGGGCUGGGGAAGAAGAUGACAGUGAGGAGGAUGGAGAUGGCGAAGAGAGCGAAGAGGACGAGGACGAGGACGAGGACAGAAAGCCCACCGCAAGCUCCGAGAGAAAAGUUGGAGGUUCUACAGGCCGAGAGGCCGCCCAAAAAAGUCCAAGGUAG